UCUUAAGAUUUUGUUUAUAAAAAAAAUAACAUGGGAAAUACCGAAAGCAAUGUUACUAGUGGGGUUAAAAAACAGGCGGGGGCUUCUAUGCAGCCACUGUAUAAAUUGGUGGAUCUAAAAGGCGGAGGGUUGCUGGUGGAGCUUAUGAAAAGAGCAACUCAAAAUAAACAAUAUGCCGAAAUUGACCAUGCAAUUAAGACAAAGGUAGAAAGCUUCUUAUAUAAUAAAGGUGCUGGAAAGUACAUUCCUAUAUCUCAGCUGGUCCUGUUAAGAAAUAAGGAAAGGCCCAAACACAAAUUGUUACCCCAACUAAAAUCGAUGGAAAAUCCCGAAGAUUUCGAAAUAGACGAAGACGCUCCCGACAUACCCGAAGAAGAAUUCCAAAAGAACCCGCACAAAUAUAGACACGUCUGUUGGAAACUGAGUGAAAGAGGCGCCGUCGGCGAAACAGUUCUUCUUCUUUGCCUGUUACACGCUACUUCUCUUCAUGCAGAUAUAGCAAAGAGAUUGCUGCGGUUCUAUCCGAAAUUGAUCAACGAUAUUUACAUGUCCGAUGAGUAUUACGGUGAAAACGUUUUACACAUUGCCAUAGUGAACGAGGAUCCCACGAUGGUGAAAUUCCUUUUGGCGGCCGGAGUGAAUUACCAAGAGAGGUGUUUCGGCAACUUUAUGUGCCCCGAAGAUCAGAAGUCGUCAAGGACUGACUCUCUGGACCACGAAUGGGUUAACGUAUGUCCCGAGACAAAUUACGAAGGGUACGUUUAUUGGGGUGAAUAUCCGCUGUCCUUUGCGGCAUGUUUGGGACAGGAAGAGUCCUUUCGUUUGACUUUAGCGAAGGGCGCAGAUCCGAACGCCCAAGAUACCAAUGGCAAUACCGUUCUUCACUUGCUUGUCAUUUACCAAAAAUUGGAUACAUUCGAUACAGCUUACGAAGUAGGAGCUAGCCUGUCGGUUCGGAAUGUUUUAAACUUAACUCCUCUGACGUUGGCUGCCAAGCUCGCGAGGAUAGACAUAUUUUUUCACAUUAUGAAUCUGGAAAGGGAGAUUUAUUGGCAGAUAGGGAGUAUUACGUGCGCGGCCUAUCCGCUGAGCCAAAUCGACACCAUCGACGAGGAGACGGGUCAAAUCUGUAAAAUUUCCGCGCUGAAUUUGGUUGUGUUCGGGGACAAAGACGAGCACCUGGAAUUGAUGGACGGUGUACUUAUAGACUUGUUGAACGCCAAGUGGAACACAUUUGUGAAGUUCAAGUUUUACAGGCAAUUUUUCACGUUCGCUUUUUAUUUUGCCUUGUCGCUCGUAGCUUUCACGCUGAGACCCGGCCCACCGAUGACGUCAGAUGCUGCAAAAAAUAGUACCAAUAUUACCAUCCACAAAUCACAGAUCGCUAAUAACAGUGUCACAUCGGGAAACCUUUCAAACGAGAUUGCCCAUUUGCUUAAUGUUACAGUUUUGAGAAGCGACAAGAAAGGUAAAGAAAAUCACGACAAUGACGAAUACGACCUGCAGGAAUGGUGGGAUAACUUGCAAGAAGAAUGCCGGCUGAUGAAUCUAGAUUCUGACGAAGCCAAGGUUAGGUUUUUCGGAGAAGUCUCCAUUACGGUCGGCGCUUUUUUGUAUUUAGCAGCGGCCGUGAGGGAAGCCCGGUUUUUAGGAGGCAGGAUGUUUUUUGAAAACCUGAUGACGGCUCCCUCGAGAGUCAUGUUUUUAUUUUCUUGCAUACUGGUAUUGUCGAUUCCCUGGCUCAGGCUGUGGUGCCAAGACGAAAUUGAAGACGUAGUCGCCAUAGUGAUCAUGUUAACAACCGCUCCUUACUUUUUGUUUUUCUGCAGAGGUUUCAAAACGGUCGGCCCUUUCGUGGUGAUGAUUUACCGCAUGGUGAUGGGUGAUCUCUUGAGAUUUGCCUCUAUUUAUUUGGUGUUUGUAAUGGGAUUUUCGCAAGCCUACUACAUCAUAUUUUUGUCAUUUGACAAUCCGUUAACUCCCGAAGAAGUGGACGAUUCAGCCACGAAUCCGAUGUCGACUCCAAGCGAAUCAAUCAUGGCGAUGUUUCUCAUGUCGAUGACGAAUUUCGGAGAUUAUUACGAGGCGUUUGCGAGGACCGAACACGAGUUUGAGGCGAAAAUUCUUUUUGUUGUAUUCAUGGCCAUAGUGGCGAUCCUUUUGAUAAACAUGUUGAUAGCCAUGAUGGGAAAUACGUAUCAAAAAAUUGCCGAAACCCGAAACGAAUGGCAAAGGCAGUGGGCUAGGAUAGUGCUGGUUGUAGAGAGAGGCGUAAGCCCACCGGAAAGAUUAAAACAGUUGAUGGUUUACUCUCAGCCCAUGUCGGAUGGUAAAAGAGGUCUGGUUCUCCGACUAAAUCAAUCGGACGAAGAUAAGGAAGAGAUGAAAGAAAUUUUGGAAAUAAAACGACGUCACGACCGGAAUAUAAAAAAAAGGAAUGACCCCCAUGAAAUGGGCCUGACCAAUGCAGACGGUACUCGGUUAAAUAUGUCACCCAAAAAGUGUGCAGUUUAGACGAAAAUAGAUAUAUAACAGCGUCAGGGUGUUUUUUUUUGUUGGU